CUGGCGCCGGUCGCCCCACCCAGCAGAGACUACCGGAGGCGCUCCAGUCCGGGGGGAGAAAACCCCCCCUCCUGGUUUGGGAGAAAUAUCAACGGGACCGGCUACAGGACAGAGGGGUGGGGGGGUAACGGGGGGAGGACACGGAGACGGCACGAACUGAGGCAGACGUUUAAAACAAGCUCUGUCUGGAGAAGCCUGCUGUCAGAUCCGCAGCCGGAUGCUGACGACGGGGCCACGGCUCCGGAACGCCCCCCUUCCAGCGCGGAUGGAGCCCCGAACCGGAGCCGGCGAAAGACCGUAAACAAGAAUAAGGGAGGCCAGUCAGAUCCUGUCUGGAUACGCGGGGACCCGGCGGAGGGAGGGGGGGUGGGGGAGGAGGAGGAGGGGAGCCGUGGCGGAGGCAUGUUCUGA